ACGACCCGUCAUGCGCACCAUUGGCGGACUUCUCGUCGGGCCGCGGACUAUAAAACAGGCCCGCUAGUACGUAGCCAUGCAUUCAUGGCUACUUUCUUGCUCUUCGCACUCUUCGGACUGGCAUUUGGCGCCACAACAACAACAGAGCUCAAACCUACAUCCACGUUCCCUCCCGUAGGGUCGGUACCUCGAGAUUUCUCGCCUGCUGGCCUCGAGGCCUUGUGGAAUCUGGUCGGACCCGUCGAAGCCCCACCAUUCACAACGACUGUUACUCCUACGAGCACACAUGUUUCACUACCAUCACCGCCACCACCGUUAUAUCCUUCGUUCUACGCCCCAGCGCCAAAGGAUGUCCUCCCGGGCCUCAAGUUUCCUCCCGGGUUCAAGUUUGGCGUAGCAACCGCCGCAUAUCAGGUGGAAGGCGCAGUGAAGGACGAGGGAAAGGGACCUACUAUCUGGGACUGGAAUAGUCGCCAGCCCGGUGCCGUUGGCGAUAAUACUACGGGAGAUGUCGUGGAUCUACAGUACUUUCUGUACAAAGAGGAUGUGCUUAGAGUUGCUGCACUUGGGGUUAACGCCCAUUCAUUCUCCAUUUCGUGGGCUCGCAUCCUCCCUUUUGCUACCAAGGAUUCGCCCAUAAACAAGGCAGGGAUCGAACAUUACAGUGACCUGAUCGAUUACCAUAUUGCUCAUGGUGUUGAGCCUGUGGCUACACUUUUCCAUUGGGACACGCCUCUCGCGUUGGCUGUUUACUAUGGAGGGUUUACUUCACCGAAAGUUGUGGAUGACUUUAUCCAUUAUGCUAAAACAGUAUUCGCAGCAUACAAUGGACGUGUCAAAACCUGGUAUACCUUCAAUGAACCUCGAGUUUUCUGCUCCCAAGUCGGUGGCUAUCCCUUCAACAUAUCGCUCGCUCCGGGUGUCAACGCAUCAACAGCACCAUACCGAUGUUCUUACAACCUUCUUAAAGCCCAUGCUGGUGCUGUCAAAGGUAUCUCGAUCCUCUAUAUCAAUCGGUUUCGAAACUCAGACUUACCACCAGCCUUCCGGGAAAUGAAGAUCCAAGGUGAAAUCGCCUUGAAGAGUGAUGAUUUCAUUGGUAUCCCAUGGCGCUCCAAUUCGACAGACGACUCACUGGCCGUUGAGCGUCACGCGGCCUUCCGCAUCGGCGCGUUUGCUGACCCACUUUAUACCACGGGCGACUGGCCAAAAAUUAUGACUGACACGUUACCGCCUGAGUACCUUCCACGCUUCACCGAACAAGAGAAGAAGGAUAAUCUUGGUUCCGCCGACUUUUUUGCAAUUGACUCCUAUCGAGAGCAGUUUGUCUCUGCCCCGCUAGAUGACGGCGGAAUAGCUGGUUGCAUUCACAACACAACACAUCCCUUAUGGCCUGAAUGUCAUUCGGUCGUGUUAUUCGACUCGAAUGCCGGCUGGGCGGCCGGUAUAUCACCCGAUCCUCUCAGCUCUUGGCUCCAGGCAACGCCAAACACGCUCAGAUCAUUUUUGAAAGGGCUACAAGAGCGAUGGCCAACAAAGAAAAUGUACAUUUCCGAAUUUGGAUUCGUCGAACCGUUUGAAGAGCUGAGGACAGAAAUGUUCCGCAUCACAGAAGACGUAGCACGAACGGAUUAUUUCAUGACCUACCUUGGUCAGAUCCUUCUCUCUAUCCACGAAGAUGAAGUGCCCAUUGCUGGUGCAUUUGCUUGGGCCAUGAUCGAUAAUGCGGAAUGGGGCAGCGGGACCAGUGCGAAAUUCGGCAUCCAGCAUGUCAAUUAUACGACACUGGAGAGAACUUACAAGCGAUCUGCGCUUUCACUUGCUGAAUUCUUCAAAUCACAUCUCCAAACUUAG